GCACUGUCCUCGCAGCCCGAGGAGCAGGCAGUGCCAGAGUUCAGUGCGCCAUGAAGACCUCAGGGAGGUCUUGCAGCCUUCUGCUGCUGACGAUGGCCGCCAUCUCGAGCGGCCGCAACGCUAGAGAUUACUUCGAUGAGUCAGGAUUCCAGUAUUCCCCUUCUAGGCCCGAGGACUCUCUAGUCUUUUUCAUAGCGAAUGUUCCACCCCUCAUUUGUGAGUCGAAGAAUGGCGAAUGUGACAGCGGAGGCCACUCGACCUUUUGUGUCGCACUACCGCGCGGAUACUCGCCCUACACAUGCUGGUUCGAAGGAAACGCAACGGUAGAUACCAAUUUGAAACUGAUAGGAGACAGUCUUCCUUACCUUUUCACUUUCAUAAACGGAUGGUUAAGAAUUUUUACUCACACUGAAAUGUACUGCACAACCAGUUCACAGUUACCAGACGAAUAUUUCCAACUGAGAGUACAGCGCCCUUAUGAAGAUCGUCCAGUGAAAUGUCGUUUUCUUCACGACAAUGGAAGGUUGUACCUCAGAUUUCCAGGAUACCCUACCAUCGUUUGCCAAACUGGUACUAAAGCAGGGCGCUUUGAUUUUAAGCUGCCCAGUAUUGAUGACCCACUCAAAUGCUCGUUCCGGGUGUAUUCAGAGUUGCUUCUAGGGGACACACGCACGGAGGAACGCCUCCAUCUGUCUCUGAUUAGCGGGCUCCCCAGGCGCGUGUAUGGAAGUCCACCACGUGUCGUGUGUUCCCACCAAGCAACUUCGAAACAGACGGCGCACUUUCAGCUACUGUUGCAGAGUGGCUCCACUUACGACUGCACUUUCCCCGACGCUGUUCCUCGGUAUCUGCCACAACCAGAGAACACGCCGCGAGACUAACAGCGUGUCUCCCUCAGCGAAACGGAAGAUUCUUUACGACAACAAAGCUGGAACACUAGCGAAAAUAGUCAGAAAAUUAUUUUAUACUAAUAUAAUAAAUAUGAG